UCGACUACAGUAGUAGUGCCUACCCCGCAUACGGGCAGUCGGCCUACCCUACCUACUACCCCUCACAGAACUACCCCUACAUGACGGCAACCAAUCCCAGCUCGUCGUUAGGCGUCGCCACGGCAACUACAGUGCCUUCAACAACGACCACAUAUCAGCUUACGCCUGUUCCAGCAGAGCCCGAUCACGCCUCGCAGCAUCCUCCGCGCUUGCAUCUAGACAUGAGCGCGGCCGCGCGCGGCCUCUGCGAAGCACACCAUAGCAACACGAGCGUCCCCACCGACCAGCCAGAAGGAUUCUCUUCUUCGUUGACAGAAACGCCUUCUCCACCUAUCAAGUGCGAGCCAAGCAACGGCACCAGAUCUCGAGGGCGUGGUGGACGAGGCCGGCGGCAGAACAACCCCUCCCCCGGCCCCGAGAACGACCUGGAGCGGGUAUUCGUGUGGGAUCUGGAUGAAACCAUCAUCAUCUUUCCUCAUCUCUCACGCUUGUUACAGGACCCUCAGCAGGCGAUGACGCUAGGACUGCGCAUGGAAGAGAUGAUCUUCAAUCUAGCCGACCACCAUUUAUUCUUCAACGAUCUAGAGGAAUGCGACCAGGUUCAUAUAGAUGACGUGUCCUCGGAUGACAACGGACAAGACUUAAGUAAUUACAACUUCGCGACCGACGGUUUCCACGCGGCCGCCACCAACGCCAAUCUGUGUCUCGCGACGGGCGUGCGCGGCGGCGUCGACUGGAUGAGAAAGCUCGCUUUCCGUUACAGACGCAUAAAGGAGAUCUACAACAGCUACAGGAGCAACGUCGGAGGGUUGAUCGGUCCGGCGAAGCGCGACCAGUGGUUCAACCUUCGCACCGAGAUCGAACAACUCACAGAGAACUGGCUGUCACUGUCUCUCAAGUCCCUGCAGAUCAUACAGUCUAGUGUAGUCCUUGUUCCCGUUACAUGGCUAUACGACCCACAGUUCACGCUCACCGUAGCUCUACCAGUGUACCCCUUCACUCCUGCUACAGGUUAUCCUGUAGUGAGAGUGCAGGGGGGCUACACGGGUAAGGAGAGCUGUUUUGAGCGAAUCGUGUCGAGAUUCGGAAGAAAGUGCACCUACGUAGUCAUAGGCGACAAUAAUGACGAGGAAGGGGCCGCGAAGCAGUUGAACAUCCCAUUCUGGAGGAUCCGAUCUCAUUCCGACCUGGCCGCUUUGCAUCAAGCACUGGAGUUCAACUUCUUGUAGAGUCGUCACGGCAACCGUGUGAUGUCGCCAUCGCGUAUCCCCGGCCGCCCCGGGGCGGAGCACCGUCACCGCACGCGGGAAACGACCGUCCGACGCGUCGAACUAACUGUGGUGCCGUGAACGAUGAAAGCCGAACAGUGACCAAGCUGUCGCUUGUGACCUUGCCAUGACCUUGGCUGCGGACGCCGCCGACGGCGGGCAGCGGGUGAGGCUUGCGCGCCGGGGUCGGCGGUCGGGCGUCGCCGCGCGUCGAGUGUCGAGAAAGGAGAGAGCGUCCGGUGAGGACGGACACGGAACACUGUCAUGGCGGCGGCGCGGCGGCGGUCGGCGGAGGACGGCGAUGCGAGGCCAUGCUACCGGUGCUGCUGCCUGCGUGCGUGGAGAGAGUGUGAGAUGACAGCAUGAGCUGGUGGGCGGCUGCCCCCCCCCUCCCCCUGUGACGACACCAUGACAUUAAUGUCUCUCCCGUCGACGCGGGGAGGGCGCGACUGUUACUGGGUGACACACGCAGACGCGCGCUCGCUCGCACACGCACACACGCACGCACGCGCACAAACACACACACACACGUGACGCAAGCAGAUCGUCUAACAUUCCAGUUGCCGCGGAAACGGCGGGGAGCGUUUUCCCGUUGCCGUGGCAACGACCGAAGGCGGAAUCUGCCCGAAGAAAAUCGCCAGUGCCGGGGAGGAGAGCAAUAUUGGAAAAGAUAGCGGGAAGAGUCUCCAGAGGGCAGCACGUGAAUGCGCCAUGGCUGCCAGCGCACGCGCACACUUCGUUCGGCCGCCAUCUUUCAUCGAAUCUGGCCACUGGUGAAACGCAUUGGCGGCCAGGCGCGGCCCCCGUGUGUAUCGGUGACGGGUGCACAGCCGCAAAGCCUCCAGCUCCUAGACAUGCUCCGAGGAUGUCUCGGUGCGCCUGCAUGACAGGUGGCGUGCAGGGUGCGAGACGACAGACGGAGGGGUGGGGGUGGUUCUAGGUUAUUUCUAGAAGCGAAUUGAGUUCUAAAAACUCCUCGUUUACCCGUGAGUAAAUACCUGGCCUGUUCACAAGAUGGCAUGGCAUGAUUUCCUUGCCAAAUCGUUGGUAUACCAAAGAGUUUAUGAGCUUCUGAUGAGAUAAUCAUGACAUAAGUGCUGCCGCAUGGUGGCAGACACCAUUUCGUUGUACAGUUUUUGCAGGCACUAUGUAUGUAUUUAUGUGGUUGUUAUACGUAAUAUACAAGUUGUCUCUGGAAAAAAAUUGACUAGAGAGAUCGUAAUAAGAGAGGGAGGGAGAGGAAAAUAGUGUGUGGGCGCGAGCGCGUGUGUGUGCGUG